AUGUCAAUUUCUGAGAAACAAGCUUCUGUAAGCAAUUCUAAGUUGGCGUCUACAGCAGCUAGAGAUGUUGAUCCAUUGUUAAGAGGUUUGAAUGAUAAAAAACAAAGCUUUAGGCGAAACGUGGAGUCUUUAGCUGCAGAGUUGAAGGAGCUUCGGAAUCGUUUGGCUUCUCAGGAGCAAGCGUAUGUUAAAGAAACUCGAACAAGACAGGAAGCAGAGACAAAUGCCAAGAUUAUGGAAUUGGAAAUUAGUAGAAUGCAGAAGAAAUUGGAAGAAAAAAAUGAGCAGCUUCAAGCUUCAACCUCUUCGGCUGAGAAGCACAUAAAGGAGUUGGACGAUCUUAGAACACAGCUUGUAGUAACUAGAGCAACAGCAGAUUCAAGUGCUGCAUCAGCUCAAUCAGCGAAAUUCCAAUGUUUAGAACUUCAAAGAGAAUUAGAUGAGAAAAAUAGUUCACUAAGAGAGCAUGAGGAACGCGUAAUUAGUCUAGGUGAGCAGCUUGAUAAUUUGCAGAAGGAUCUUCAGGCAAGGGAAUCUUCACAAGAGCAAUUGAAAGAUGAAGUUUUUAGAAUUGAGCGUGAUAUUAUGGAGGCUCUUGCAAAAGCUAGAGAGAACAAGGGUUACGAAUUACAAAAAAUAUUGGACGAGGUUUCUCCUAAGAAUUUAGAGAAGAUGAAUAAGUUAUUGAUUGUUAAGGAUGAUGAAAUAGUUAAACUUAAGGAUGAAAUUAAGAUCAUGUCUGCUCAUUGGAAGCUCAAGACUAAAGAAUUAGAGUCACAGUUGGAGAAACAGCGACGUGCUGAUCAGGAUCUGAAAAAGAGGGUGUUAAAAUUGGACUUCUGUCUGCAGGAAGCUCGUUCGCAAACACGCAAACUCCAACGGAUGGGAGAGAGACGGGACAAAGCUAUUAAAGAAUUGAAAGAUCAAUUAGCAGGAAAGCAACAGAGAGUUGCGGAUGCAGAAAAGCAAAACCAGAACUUCUGGGACACCUCUGGAUUCAAAAUUGUAGUCUCCAUGUCCAUGCUAGUCUUGGUGGUAUUUUCAAAGCGGUGA